GAUCUUUUGCCUUACCUGGUAUCUAAUAGAGUUAUGUGGCAAUGGAUAUCUUCAUUUUUUUAGAUAGAUUGGGUAUGGGGAUAGAUUGUUUUUACAUGUAUUCACAACUAGAGAAAAAUGAUCAAUGUUAUUGGGUAUGGAGAUUUCUAUCCAGUGGCUUUUCUAUUCACUGUAUUGUUCUGCGUGAUCUAUCUGUUAAUACAUGUAUUCACAACUAGAGAAAAAUGAUCAACGCUAUUAUGUCACUUUGCAGGUUUGUGUGCCUCUGUGUGGUGCAUAUUUCACAUGUUUGGAGCCUACAACCAUGUAUGCUCAUGCGUUUCUCUCAGAUUCUGAGUCUUGCAUUCAUUUCUUGAAUAGCAAGACGAUUCGAUGAAGAGUGGUUCCUACUGAUGCCGGAUGAAGACAUGCUGCUCUGUUUGCUUUGGAGGUUCACACCCAUGGUGUAGCAUCGUUGGAUGAUAUUUAGCGUAUUGAUAUCAUCACUUCAAUGGUAUUUGAAGCAGCCCAAAGCGAGAGUUAUUAGAUCGUUGAGCUCUCUUUAGAAAUUUCACUACCUGCAGUUGUAGCAGCUAAUGAAUGUGCCAUCAGGUUUAUGGCUUGAUGGAUUCAAAACUUAAGCUCAGUUCUGGAAGUGAUGAAUGGCAAAGAAUUGUUCCUUUGCAUCGUCAUUUCCCGUCUCUCUAUCUCUGGAUCUCCUUUGUGCAGCAGAUCGGCAAGGAUGCUCUCCAUAAGGACUUUGGGAAAAAGAUAAGUACUUACGACACAAAGUUUGGAAUCAAAUCUUGGACCCUAUGGUUAGUGUCGUUGGCUGUGGAGCUCACAAGCCUUGGUAUUCACUCAGAUGCAAUAGUCCUAAAUUAUAGGGUCGUGAAAGUUCAUCAGCUCUCGUCUGCUGAGAGGGACGAGGUGGGAUGGUUUCGGUUCUCUGUUACUACCAAACUCAGAAAGAUCAUUAAUGCAUCUACAUAACACUAUUUUUCCCAAUAAGCAACUUAUCUAAAAAAAAUAUUCAUUUCUUAUUUGGAUGCAUGUUUAAACUAAUGUUCUAUACUUUUGCUUGUCAUGGCUCUGUUUUGAAGGUUCGGGUUCUAAAGAACACUUGCCCAGUCACUUCUUUGUCAUCUUACUUAGUUGUAUGCCGUAAAAUAUGUGUAAUAAGCAUUCAUUUUUUUAUUAUGUAUUGUUCUAUUGUAUGCAGCAAUUCUUUUCAAUUGGCUGGUUCCAAUCUAUUAGUCCAUGGAUAGCCAUGCUAUAAUACUGUAUUGGUCUUUUUCAAAAUAACACUCAUGUGUGUUUCUUGAAUCAACUACAUUAAUUUCCCUUUCGAUGUUUGUUUAAUCUCAUUGCAUUGU